GUGCCUGAAGGAUAAACGAAAAUGGAGUGGAAGAGUCCCGUGGAGGGGAAGCAAGCGCAUUCUCCCUCCCCGCUCGCCGACAGAAUCCACCCCUACUCCUACCACUGCCUACCUCUGAAACGUUAGCGUCGCGCUUCGCUAUCGCACGGCACAGAAUCACGGGCACGGGCAAAUCAAACAUGGCGAUUCAGUCGCUGUUUGCGGUGAAGGCGUACGGUUCGUAGAGCGAAAACGGAAAGUAACGGUGGACUCCGAGAUAGUGUCCUUAACGGUAAUGAGUGCUUGUACCGCCGCGAAUCACCGAAUUCUGGUCAAUAUUACAAAUAUGGAGAAUCAUGAUGCCACGGGGAAAGUGUCUGGCGACGUUCAAGUACAUGACGUGAAGGGCGUACAGGCCGAGGCCGAGCCGACGCCUGCGGCGUCAUCGCUACCAGCUUCGGGACAACCGACGCUCUCUAUAGGCGAGAAUAUUAACAAGAAUGACUACGUUAAUAAGAAAACUUGUCCCAGAUUGUUGGUCAAAAAUUGCGGGAAAUUUGAAAGCGGUAGCGGGAGCGGAGAUCAGGAGGGUGGCCAGCACGAGGACGGGGUUGAUAUCGCGGCGAAAAAGAGAAAGACUCGUAGAGGUAAACCUAAAAAUAGAAAGUUAAAACCAUAUUCGAAGCAACAGUUAUCAUGUCAACAACAGCUGCGAUAUAGAUCUAGAGGUCGAUUAGCAAAGACUGGUAGACAACCACCGGCGCCAUACAAUACCACUCAAUUUCUUAUGGAAGAUCACAGCGAUCUUCCGGAUCUCGAUCAAAAACUUUCGGAAGCCGCGUCGUCCGAAGUACCUGCCACAUUUCAGAAACCCAUAGCCCCGCCUCGUACCAGAGACUCGAGUUUCAGCAUUGACUCCGAUGAAGAUUACUUUUAUUCCUCGCCCGAAGACGAAGAAGAAUUCUUGACGAAGGAAUUCUCGAGCGCUUACGAAGACGUACAUGCCGAGAGAUUAAACACGUUAAGUAAAUCCGAAUUGAUACAGGAGUAUCUACAGUUAGAGGCGAAGGUGGAUUUGCUGACGAAACGGUUGCGGGGUAAAAGUUUUCAUCAGAGCGAGCAGCGGGAGUUGGAGAGCAACAGUAGUAGCACGGAUUCGGAGUCGGCGAAGAAGUUGAAAAUUUACCAGCAACGAAUCGAGGAUCUGACGCAACAGAACGAGCAAUUAAAGCAGGAGAACGAGACGUUGAGGGCCAAAAGGCACGUCAGUCCGGUAUCAAGCGUCGACAGCGAGAGCGACAGCGAUAGUACAAGUAAUGAGAAUAGGAGCAGAUGUAACAGCCUCCUACCGAAUUGCGGUUCCUCCUCGGAGCUUAUGGAAUACGUUUCUAGGAGUAAAAAUAGUCAGAGGAAAGACAGUUCUGAAUCUAGUAGUGAUAGUAAAAGCGAUACUUGUGAUAGUAGUUCCAGCGAAAAUUCUAAAACAUCCAUGACUCCUGUGAAUCUUUCGAACGGGCAUGUAACCAUUCAAAAAAUCGAUGGUCUCGCCACAUAAAUCCCAAGCGACCGUUUUUACAUAAGGAAAAUCGAUUGAACGUUUUAACGUCGUACCGAAUAUACCAUUGGUCCCGCGUAUAUUCGCUUUAAUUUUAUUCCCGACUUAGGAGGCAAGACUGGUUUAAAUACGAUUCAGCUGCGAUCAAGCGGCUAAGAAAUUCUCCUCUUCCUGGUAUCGGAUAUGUAACUUUAGAUCGUUCUUAAAUGUGCUCUCACAGUUUACUUUCCAUAUUUCUUUUAAGACUGUCUCGUGUAAACCUGAAUAUAUGUAACAAAGUAGGAAAUACACACCUAAUCUUAUGGAGAAGUAAAAUCGAUGUGUGCGUGUGCGAAAACUAGGUAUUAUUACAUGCUUGAUCAAAUUCGCAGAACAGUUGAUACGUAUUUAUAUAAUGUUACUCUUGAUCUUAAUUUCGGUACUAAUCACGGAGUCAUUAGAAACAUUCAUCUAAAUGCCUGUUCUUCUAUGAACUGCCAUUCGACGAUAGAAACUGUAUCAAUAACUCGAGGUUCACAGACCAUCAACUAAUAAGUUGUAAUACUAAAGAGUAUAAUCAAAGACACGAAGUAAUGUUUAAAGACUAUAAUGUGAUAUUAUUGAAUUGUACAUAUUUAAAGUAUCGGAUUAGAAAUUAGUUUAUGGUCUGAACAUGCGAUAUGUUUUCGAACUCACUUUAAAUUUGUAAUAAACUAUGAACUUCCUUUAUUCCUUCAUUAUAUAUCAUCCCUUUCGGAAUAUUUCGGAGCAACCUUCAUUGAUAAUGUGAAUACGUAUAAGUAUAUAUGGAAUAGCUUUACUACAAUAGAAUUUAAGCCCUCUCGUAAAACUCUAAUAAACAUGUAUAUUGUUAA